UUCAGAGUGAUUAAUUAAUAGAUUGAUUAAAUGGAACCAGUUCAAAGCCAAUAUCCUGAUAGUGAAAGUAGAAAAACUGACAUUUUAGCUGUUUUUGCACAAUUUCGAGAUGAGUUGGAUAUAAGAUACAAUCUACAUGAACAAGUUGUAAAACUUGGCAGAGACAUUACUGUUGAAAGUAAAAAACUAAUAUUUCAUCUGCACCGAAACAAUGUUACAACUGAUGUAUUAAUGCUAGAUGCAGAAAAGAAAAAAACUUCCAUAUUAAAAAAGUUUCAUGAAAUAGCGAAGUUAUUGGUGUUGGAAGAUUCAUUGCAAUUCAUACGAGCCUAUUCUCCUGGCCUCCAAGAGUUUAUAGAGGCAAUGUCUUUCAUGCAAUUUCUAAAGCUGGAAAGUCAAACUGCUACUAGUAAUAUACAUACUGCCGUAUUAACAUUAAAACAAGUGCAAAAUAUUUUGAUAUUUCCAAACCCUGCAGCUACUGGGGACAAGAAUGAACAUCUAACACUUGCAGUGCCACUGGUUGAAUAUCUUUUGGGUCUUGCUGAUGUAACUGGUGAAGCUAUGAGAAUGUGCAUCAACUGUGCUGCUGAGUCUAUUGGAAGCUCUGAUUUAAACAACAGUCGUUCAUACAAGCUUUGUGCAUUCGUACGUAUAUUGUACAAUGCUUUCCAAGUUUGUUCAACCCAAAUUGACUCAAGUGCUGGCAGAAUGAAACUGUUUAAAGAGAAGUUACGUACAAUGCAUUCUAGUUUAAUCAAAUGUGAAGAUGCAUGCUAUACGGUAAAAGUGCGUGGACAGGAAAUACCGAAUCAUCUUCUAAAAACGGAACUACUGACUGUCAGUUCCCCUUCAUACACGGAAUAAAGUUUUUUUCAAUACCUUGUCGCAUAUCAAAGUCUUCUAAUGCUUAAAUAUUAUAUCUUCUCUUGGAAAUAAACUAAUACUAAGCUUAAGUACAUAUAUAUAUAUAAACAAUAU